UUUCGAAAAAUUCUUUUUUUUUGAUUUCUCAUUUCUGGCAGUGCCAUUUCUCAUCUUCAGUUCUGCCAUAAAAUUUGAUUGCUUCUAUUGCUUCUCAGCUUCUUGCUUUGCUCCGUUGUUGCGAGCUACUUUCCUUCUUCGAGCUGAAAAUUGAGUGAACUCACGACCCGUUGCGAGCAUGGCGCACCUUGGAGAGAUCCUCGUGAAGCUGUAUGAGGAAUACCGCGGAAAAACUCCGAAGCGGCUGAAGCUCGUGGAUGCGUACCUCGUUUACGUGCUUAUGACGGGGAUUAUCCAGUUUCUUUAUUGCCUCCUGGUAGGCACAUUCCCCUUCAACAGUUUUCUGAGCGGAUUUAUUUCGACGGUUGCUUCCUUCAUUCUUGCGACGUGUCUGCGGAUGCAGAUCAAUCCGGAGAACAAGAGCCAGUUCGGCCACAUCAGCCAGGAGCGCGCCAUGGCCGACUUCGUCUUCGCGCACGUCGUCCUGCACUUGGUCGUCAUCAACUUCAUCGGCUAGCCUCUGCUCGUGUGCUGCGCAGAGUGCGCACCACGUCGUUCCCUGUUUGUGCUUUCUCACUCAUUAACUUAUUCAUACUUUUCCCUUUGUCGCGAAAUUUGUUAUUUGUGUUUCUCGCCAAGAUCGAACCGUUUAGUUCGUCGCGGCAUUUUUUCUUGCAGUUUUCUACGUCAGCCGUUUGCGCAAUAAAAAGCCACUUCGCA